AUGGGCGGUGCUUCAGUUCGGCGCCUUCGAGUCGGUCGCCUCAGGGCAUGCGCGACGACCGACCGACCGACCGAGACAUCUACGAAUAUUGAUGCCACCAUUCAUCGUCGCUCAAAACACCAACACCAACACAAUCGCUAGGUGACACCUUCGAACUGCUUCCAUGUAAGUCAUUUGCUUCGUUCUAAUGACAAACUAGCAAUCUAGACGUGUGCGUAAAUCCUUUUUUAAUUCUCUUUUUCUUCUUACUACCCUUGCUUUCUCGGUGCAUGGUGUCCAUGAAAGGAAAAAACGAACCAAGACGGACACAUUUCCCAGCGACUUGUCGCUUCCUCCCAUCAUUUAUCUUAUCCUCCUGAGUUCCCCGGGGAAAUAGGCGCUCGCCAAGUGUAUGCGCAGAAGAGGAAAAACGGCGUUCUGAUUGAAAACCAGAGAUAAAUUGCUGAAGUCAGUUUCAGACCACGGAACGGUCAUGCUGUCCACACUGUUCCUAUUGCUCUACGCGACUCGGGAAUCGGUACACGCACUGUCGGCAGAGAUCAGUCCUACGGUUUCAUACCUUUUGGAUAGAGGGUGAGAAGAGAAACUAAAUCUGCGGACGCACUUUCUUUUCCAGAUGUGCAAACGACACCGAAGUCAUCGAUCAUUUGCUUAUUGAUCGGGCCUUGUACUAUAACAAGCACAAAUUGCCGUCGCCACAAGUUGACGUGCGAAUCGAGAUGUGGGUACAAGAAGUGUCGUCGGUGUCGGAGCUCACACAAGAUUUCGAAAUAGGUACUCAUCGCUUUACAUAUUCAAUUCUCGCUCCUUCUUUUUCUUUUUCUACUCCUACUCUCUCAGAUUUGUACAUGAACGAAUAUUGGACAGAUCCCGGGUUGGCAUACGACAUUCUCAAUCCAUGUCAGGUGAUUUGCAACUUCCUGAGAUUUUGACAUUUUUCUUGUGUGUGCAGGGCAAUCUAUCAUUCGAUUGGGCUGUCAUGCAGAAUAUCUGGACGCCGAAUACAUGCUUCAUCAAUUCCAAGAAGGCCCAACUCCAUAGUUCGCCAUUCACCAACGUUUUUCUAAUGGUGUUUCCAAAUGGUAAAGGUUUUCUGUUUUUUAUGUUCCCUUGUCUUCUCCUUCUCCUUCUCCCUCUUUUUCUUCGCUCCCGUCUCAAUUUGUGGCGGUGGCCCCCAGAGUUCGGCGGAUUAGAGGGGAAGGAAGAAAAAAGAUGUAAAAGUUGGAGGAGGGAGAGCGUCCCCAGCUCGUUAAGUGUAGUUCGACUUAUGCUAAGCUUGAUUCGUUUAUGCAAAAUUUUGAGUCACAUUCUUCUGAAGACAAAUUCGAUUCAAUUCCAGCCUAGUGAUUUAUUGUCAUGCGCGGCUAUGCGCAAAGAACAAAAUUGGAAAAAAAGGAGGAGGGGGGGUAUGAAAUUUGACAAGAAUCGGAAGGAAACACAGUAUCUUUGUAGGAGAUCGCAUGAUUUUGAUCUCAAAUUUCCAUCCUCUACAUAUAAUUUUUGGUUGUAGUUUUCAGAUUCUGUGAAGAAGGGAGAAGGAGGGAUCAGAAAAGGUUGGGUUCCAAAUGAAUAAUUGAUCGAAAAGACCACAUGCAAACACCGAACAAAGACAAUAAGCGUGAAUAAUUGUCCGAAGAGGAGUGUGUACACGCGGAAAGCCCCCUUUUUCCCCUUUCCCCUUUCCGUUAACCCUCCAAUUCAAUCCAAAAUGUUUCCCUUUCAGGCUCGGUGUGGUCGAAUUGGCGCAUUAAGAGUACCGGACCGUGUGUAAUGGAUCUCUCCAAAUUUCCGAUGGACAGUAUCGAAUGUUCGCUGACUUUCGAGUCAUUCAACUACAACAAGGUUGCCGCCCAAUUUUUUCCAAUUAUAUUCGUUCCAUUUAAAACUAGAUCUUUUUCACCGCUCUUGUUUUUGUUUCUAUUCUUUCAUUUCUCCGUUUGUUGCAGGAUGAGGUUUUCAUGCGAUGGAGUGAUCCUCCGCUGACUAUUUUCAAGCCUAUCGAGCUUCCGGACUUUACUAUGACCAAUUAUAGCACUUCCAACAAAUUCCAAGUGAGAUCGCAUAACAUCCAAGCAUCACAUCCUAUACUUAUUUUGUUUUGUUUUUCUUCCAGCUCUAUGCCGCAGGGUACUGGAGUGAGCUCAAUGUAAACUUCCUGUUCCGACGGAGAUCCGGCUGGUACCUACUGCAGGGAUACAUUCCGACCUAUAUGACAGUCUUCAUUUCCUGGAUUCCGUUCUAUUUGGGUCCGAAAGCAAUACCCGCACGCACUAUGAUAGGUCAGUCGUAAUUUUGUCUUCGAAAUCUCGUAAAAGUUGCGCUUUCUCUGUCUCUCCAACUCAUCGCGAACCCUCGGUAACUCAAUUUGAUGACGCUGAUCAGAUUUUGCGCGUCACAUCAAUCUAUUCCCAUCCUUGGGUAUUGAAACCGCAAGUUUGAAAGGAUGGGUAGAAAGUUGUAGUGAAAAGAAGACUAUCAAGUUCAUGGCAGAAAAUGAAAAUGACGAUAGGAAUUGGUAAUCUUUUAGCCGUCACGUAUUACAGAUGUUUUCGAAAAUAGUUUAAUCUGUCUGUCAGAUAGAUUAGUUCAAAGUCUUUGGAAUGGAUUUGAUAAGAACACUGUUCAUCUGCUUAAUGUUACCCUCUUCUGACUAACCACGAGAUUCUUUUUGGCGAAUCAAACUAAAAUCAAAAACCAGCAUCAUUUCCUUCCUUUCUUCAGGUGUCAAUGCCUUGUUGGCUCUUACCUUCCAAUUCGGUAACAUAAUCCGAAAUCUACCCAGAGUCUCAUAUAUCAAAGCCAUCGACGUUUGGAUGCUGAGGUUUGUUUCCGGUCCCCCUGACCUUUUGAGCUCUCAAUUUUUUCAGCGGAAUCUGUUUCGUCUUUGCUUCCCUCUUUGAACUAGCUACCAUUGGAUUUUUGAUGCGAGACGAAGGGAGACCACCGACAAAGUCUUCUAGAUCGAUCAAAAAGUAAGUAAAUAUCUCAAUUGUUCAAGUUUUUACAUCUGUUUCAGUGCGUCUGUCCGAUGGCAGCAACAGAGCAAUAGCAAAGACGAAGUUCAGAGAAAAUCCCAAAAUAUAGUUUAUUGUGAAAGACUAGACAAUUGUUCCAGGCUAAUGUUUCCAGGUUUGUUAAUCUUAAAAGAACCAAAAUGAUUUUAUUCUUGUUCUUCCAGUAGUGUUUACAUUCUACAACUUCAUUUAUUGGUUUGUUUACAUGAAAUCAGCAAUGGAUGCAGCUCCAUAA